ACCCUGGGAUAGUCCACAGCUGGUUUGAAAGGAGUUUGUGAUUUAGCCUAAAACCAGCUAUGUACCGUGAAUUCCCCUUCUUUAGCGGAAAAUCGUAUGAACGGUUGUUUUCAUCAUAAGUGGAGAAGAUUUUUAAAGAGUUUUGAGUCGCAAGUCCUCAAUUUAGAGAGACUUCCCCUCUUUCCUGCACUGAAUGCCAGCACGCACAGUUGAGAUAUCAAUGGCCAUGCAAAAGGGUGAUUUUGUCAAAAGAAAACGCAGUCCACAGAAGGAUGCAGAUGGCUCCAGCAGUAGUAGUAAUGAUGAGGAGGAAUUGAAGGCUGCAUUUUCAAGACCAAAGAGUUCCCCAAAAGGGAAGAAGUUCAGGGAAAGAACCAGUCCCUGUACAUCUGACUCUGAUGAAAAGGUUGUCAUGGGUGAAUCUUCUGAGAAGAGCUCCAGCUUCGGAAAAGAUCAUGGUAAUAUGCAAGCAGCUACAAGUAAGGUUGAGGUUCAGCCAUCGUCUCUUAAGGACGGUGAUGCAGAACCACUGAAUUCAAAGCAACAGGAAGAGCAAGCUGAGAAUAUACUGAAGACAGAGAAGUCCUGCUCUGAUAAGCAACUAGUGACGUCAAUUGAAAAUAAGAUGAACAUUUUAAACACAAAAAAAGAUAAACCCAAGAAAAACAUGUAUUUGUUUGACUUUUUGGGAGAUGAAGUCAGCAGUGAUGAAUCACAGGCUCUCCAAGCUCUGAGUAACUAUUGGGUUACACAGAUUGCCAGAAACAAAGACAUAUUGAAAAGAGCCCCACCUAAAAACCAGCAGGAGGAAGACUUUUACAACAAGUACUGUGAUAAGGAAGGCAAGCUGUCUAUCACUGCUGCUACCCAUCUCAUGAGCCUUCCUUAUGUGAUCACAGUGUGCCUGAAAAACAAUGCCCAGAUUGAGGUGGUUGUCUCUAAUCGAGAGAAGGCCUUGCAGGAGUCUGAAGAGCUGCAACAGAGCUACUUUGAAGUGGUUGAAGCCAUGGCAAUGCACUUAAUGUAAGACCUCAAAACUAAAAGUAACAAGAGACCAAGGAGAGGUGAAAUUUGUAAUUUCACUCUUGGUGCAAGAGUAAACUACUUUUUGUGGUAACAAUAGGUUAAAGUUUAUGAAGUAAUAUUCGUUAGUUAAUAUCCUAUGACUUAAAAAAAAUGUUUGAGAAACCUUUGAUAUGAUAUUUAGACAUGUGCAUAGCGUAGACUUUUAGUAAAUCAAGUUUACAAAGCGUGAAAACAUUACAUAAAGAUGUGAGCGGUGAUUGUUUUAGGCUUACACUGAUUUAAUUUGGAAUUAGUUGCUUUUUGUACUUUUUUUUACUUACAAUGUGAGAUACAUGUUCAUAAGCAUCGCGUAACGGAAAGAUGAACUGCAGGAUGUUGGGGUUGUACAAGAAGACUGAAGUGAUUUGAUGCUUGAUUGUGAUUAUAAAUAAUGAAUUUAAAAGAUGAUGAAUUAAAGGUGAAACCAUA